AUGUAUUUAGAUAAUGGAGACAGAAAUCGCAUAGGAACAUCAUGCUCAAAAGCUGAUAUUGUAAUAUAUGAAGGCACCAUAAGUCCACUUCCAAAUGGAGUUCCAUCAUACACCGUCCAGAUUCUUAAUACAUGCGACUGUAGUAUCUCCAAUAUUCAUGUAAGCUGUGGUUGGUUCAGCUCGCUCCGGUUAAUAAGUCCUUCGGUUUUCAGGCGAAUCUUCUUCGAUGACUGCCUUGUCAACGACGGAGAACCUCUUGCCCCUGGUGAAGCUGUCUCCUUCCAGGACGCUAAUAGUUUUCGCUACCCAUUAUCCGUCACAACUGUUGAUUGUUGCUGAGCCCCGCAUUGUUGAUUUUUAUAUGUAAAUGUCGAUUAUAUGUAUAUGAUACUAAGCACAAAAGUUGCAGGACAACUACUGCUAUUGCCUUUUCAAUCUAUC